CCUCUGACGUUGAGAGGGGUUUGUCACUUAACAAACUUUUGGCAAUUUUUCGUCGUUUAUCUUAACUUUCUCUUGUUUACCAUAAUUUAUCUUUGGAAGUUGACAAUUCCGAAUGAAAUUUCACGCAAAAGUUAGGCCACUGCGAGUUGAGGUGGGCGGAUGACGAGGUUUUGGAUGAGAGCUGAGGCGUUUUGUGCCUGAAGAACGUAGAACCUUCAACAAAAAAUUGUCGUCAUGAUGUACAGCGAGUGGGCCUCCCUUUCAUCAACCAUCCAAAAUGGAUCAGAAGAAAACUACAGCGUUUUGGGGAAACUUCCCUCAGCCGUUGGCAAAGAAGUCGCCAUAUCUGUGGUCAAGAACCUUGUCUCUAAUUUAGGGUUGACGUCGCAACCUCCAGAGCCCAGUUCUUUAUCCACUGACAAAGAAGUGCAAUGGUGCAUGGAGGUGAUCUGCUAUGGCCUAAGCUUGCCAUUGUCAGAGCACGACACAAUUAGAGACUGCGUCAACGUCUAUUGCGAAUGGCUGUCAGCAAUGGAAUCCGUGCCCAAGAUAUGCGUGCCAAAGCCGAUAUGUGACGACCCCAACUUGUACACCAGGAAAAUCAUACAGCAUCUGCAUAACCUCUUUGUUCCUCGCAAAGGGGAAGAUUUCUCUUUCACUCAAGAAUGGCCCUUCCUUUACAUGAUGGAAUACGGUAAUUAUGGAGCAGACAUCAUAAAUCGUCAAGCCGUCCUUUGCCACCGUGUUCUCCGAACUCUUCAAAACAUGGCCCACAAAUCAAGCCGAAUAACCAGAGAAACAUGGGAAGCACUUCUGCUGUUCCUACUUGCAAUAAAUGACGCUCUGUUGGGACCACCAACUCUCAAAGAGGACAUCGGUGACCAGCUGUGUGAAAGAGUUCUGAGCGCUCUUUUUGAGGUCUGGCUCUUGGCUUGCUCAAAGUGCUUCCCACCACCGCCUCUGUGGAAAACUCUGCGGGAGUCUUGCAUGAGGUGGAGACACCGAAUUGCCCUUGUUGAACAGUGGAACAGAGUUUGUCUGGCUUUGACGGCAAGACUGCUCGAGUUUCUCUACGGGCCUACUUUCCCGGAGCUGAAAAUAAGUGAAGAGGACGCUCAUUUGUGCCCCUUGAACAUGUCCCGGGAUUGCAUUGCCCAGUCGUGGUUCCGCAUGGUGCACACAAUUGGGAACCCGGUUGAACUUUGUCAGCCGCAAGUUGUGAGCCAGACACCACCGUUUUUACAAUAUGCCAUCUCGAGUACCAACGUUGUUGAGCCUUGUCAUCACCCGUGCUUGACAAUUUUGCCCACAAUCUACUUAAAGGCCAUCAAGGGCGUUGCCAGCCAAGUUGAUGCCUUUCUAGGCAUAGCGCAACCCUUGGAGACACCAGACCUGGAGGCAGAGAAAAAGGACACAAGUCGUGCCGGCUCCACUCCUUCAAACUCUUCUUCCCCCACCCCACCUCUCCAAAGAAGGCUCGCUAAAAGCUUUAGUGUGGCUCCUUCAGCAAUGACUAAGGGAAUUCCUAAAGCUGCUCUCAUAGGACUUACCAGCAGUCGCUCUUCCACCGUCCACAUUCCGACCACUCCGAAUUCGGGCCCGCCGUCCACUUCUAGCAUUUCGAGCCUAGGUAGUGGAUCAGAGCCAAAACCUGCACUUGCGCCUGGCAGGUCAAGAUGCAAUAGCAUUCUGCACACUUACGGAGAAUGGCUCUUUGAAGCCGCUCACAUAGGAUACACAAGCUCCUAUCAUGUAAAAACCGGUGCCCAGCCAGAGGGCAGUGUACAAAGACCAAGCUCCCUUCUCUUGGAUAAAAGUGGUCUAUCAUUGCCUCCGAAGAACCCCGAGCAGUCAGAUUUGCCUGUCAAUCUGACCAUCGACAGAUUCGAGUCUGGCAAAGCAGAGGCCUAUGGCGCCCUGUGCCGCAUUUUCUGCUCGAAGAAGACUGGGGAAGAAAUCCUUCCUGUUUACUUGGCUAGAUUUUACUUGGCCUUAAAAGUCGGCUUGCACAUCCCCAAGGACAAGAUGUGCGGGGAAGUUCUGUCCAGCAUUUUGCUCAACUCUGCUGAUCUCUUUAGAUGUGACCUGGACGGGGUUAAUGUUUUGAUUCCGUCUUUGAUUUCCGCUCUGGAAGUGGUUCUUCCCGAAAGAGAAAUUAAAAUGAGGUCAGCGUUAGUUUCAAGAACGGAACUGAGAAGAGCUUCGAUACAACUGCUUCUUUCUCUGCUUUCAUUGCCUCUGCAUUAUCAGAAUCUUCCAAUAAAAGAGCUGUGCCCAUCAGCGGACAAAGGAAUUGCAACCCACGUCACCUUUGCUCUUUUGAAACCAAGACUUAUGAACGUCUUGAUAAAUGCGUUACAGGUGGAAACUGACUCCCUCAAUUGCCAAAUGCUCUUAGGUGGGCUUAUGCUGAGUGUGCAAGAUUCAGCAACCGUCGAAGAGUCUGAGAAAGUGAAUCAGCCAGAUAGUGCAGCCGGCCCAGAAUCGUCCUCUAACCUUUUGAGCUCAGGUGCAGCUGCUGCUUCUGACAAUUACAGCCUCGCCGACUUCCCGAAUAUAUCAUUCACAGACGUGUUAGCAGACAGUGCUGUCGGCGGCGUCAAAUUCUGCUUUGACUACCCAAAAGGAUUAAUCAGAAACUCCGCUCACGCUCUGUUUGUGAGGGCUACAUAUUUAGUCUGUCAUAGACUAAUUUCGUCCUGGAAACAAGAUCUGAACGUCUCGUUGGCGGCGCUUGAACUGUUGUCCGGCUUGGCAAGGACAAAAAUAAAAGAAACAGAUGCACUCGAGUGCAAAAGGGCCGUCAAGUGGUUAUGUGACUACAUCUCAUAUCAGUGUUCAAGGCCCCCACCGAGCCACUCAAAAGACCUGCACUCUAGCAUUGUGGCGGCGUUCCACUGCCUCUCCACCUGGCUGGUGCACCACCCUGAUCUUCUCAAGGAAAAGGAAAAUGUUAUGACUGUGAUGGAGGUGGUCGAACUUGGAAUAUCUGGAUCUAAAUCUCAAGGCAAACCAGGAGAGCCACUGAAAAUUAAGGAAGAUAAAGAACUUAAGCCUGUUUCUAUGAGAGUGAGAGAUGCUGCUGAUUCUCUUUUGACUAUUGUGAUGGAACAGGUCGGAAAUGUGCAAAAUCCUUGCAGUCCAGCCACCAUGUCAUCAAUGCUAGACGAGGUUUCGUUGAUUAAAUAUUGUAAAGGGGAAGAUGUGAAGAAGGAAAAGGCUAUUGAAUGGUUUAGGUAUUUUAUUGUUGACAAUCACAUUUUGCUGGCACUUUUGGAAGAGCCUCUUGGAAACGAUCCAGACCCAGUUCCAACCAUCACUGCCAUUGUAAGGAAUUCAUUUGGUCGUUACUUGUGGCAUUUUGAGUUGAGAGACCUUCCCAGAAGCAAGGCCGGGCUCAAGGCCGAGGAAAAAGAUCCUGGAAGGCCCUUGCCAGGCAGAGAAAAGCCAAGGAGGCCAAAGAAAAAUAUCAAAUUUUAUCCUGACGCUGCAGAGCGUAUUCCAAAAUGCAAAAUGGACUCCUCCAUUCCAUCAAUGGACUCGUGCUACAGUAGUGACGAAGACAUGGCUAGUCAUAAGUUUCUAGGAAAAUUAGUCGAUGAGGCUCAUGUGAGGGAGCAGGCCACAUCUAAAAAGGAGAAAAGCCAACCGAGACACCCAAAUUACGAGUGCAAACCACCGCCUCGUAAAACUGAAAUCCAAACUUCACGCCUGUUUCUUUCAAGUUUGGGUUUAAUCAAUCUGGACGGGGUGGAGGGCAUCUCUGAACACCCUCAGUUGACAGUGAUUGACAGCAAAAUGAGUGGUUUCGCAGCCGACCUUGAGUUGCUCGAUUUUAUGUCUCCACGCACAUGGGACACUGUGCACUUAUUUUACGUCCGCUCAAAGCAAACUACUGCAGAACAGAUUUGCAAUAAUGUAUUGAUAAAAGACGGCGUCGAUCCACGCUUUUUGCUCUUCCUCAAUACUCUUGGCUGGCCUGUUGAUGUUUACAAACACCCUGGCUGGACUGGGCACGUUGCCACCAGUUGGAAAUUGCUCGAGAGACCCAAAGAUUUGCCCACCGAAGACAAAAACCACGGAGGCAGUUUGUUUAAUGGUGACCACCAAGUGAUAUAUUGGGCAGACGUCGGCUCGGAAUUGGCUUUUGUUGUGCCAACCUUGAAGUCAAGACAUCUAACAGAAACCUCAGCAAUACACGCUAAUCCGGAUUUAGCCAUUCCUGGUCGUCCCUUGUCAGCUCAAGGAAUGUCGACAGACAAACCAUCCAGAACAUUGUCUUUAGAUUUGGAGAAGGGACCUCCGUCCACCAUUAGUGGAACCAGUCUAACUGGUGGCAAGGAUUCUCCAUCGGCCGUUCGACGGAGGAGAGCAGCCAUGCAGGACACCAAAGUGGUCGUUUUGUGGGUUGAAAACUUUGAGGACACUUUUAAACCUCCCAUUGCCGACCUCUUAUCUGUGACAAGCACUGGACUUGAAUCUGGUCCCCUUUUGAGGGACAGACAGGACGUUUUUGUGAUUUACUUGCACCCUCUCGAGAGUGAUCUUGUAAGGGUCAAACUUCAGGGACCAGCCGGAAGCAAGUCGCUUUCUUUUGCAAUUCCGCUUGUGGAUGGGAUGGUUGCCAGUCGCAAGGUGAUCGGUAACCUGGUGCGGCAAACAGCGCUCAACAUCUGCCGCCGACGCAGACUGGAAAAUGAUGCUCAGCACGCGCCCCAUGUGCGGCGCAGACUCAAGAUCCAAGACUUCACUCAGCGUUAUAAAUGCGAGAUGACCGUACCUGAGCUUUGUCUGCACUUGUUUAACAAGAUUAAUCCAAAUUUGGUGUAAAAGAUUUAUUUAUUAUUAUUCAUUUUUUUUUUUCAAUAAUUAUUAAGUCUGUUAUACACUUUGUCGCAAUUCAAAGUAUUAUAUCUAUUUUACUAUUAUUACGGCACCACCUGUUAAAAGUGAUUUGCUACUCAAAAGUGCAACGUUUUAUUUUGUUACGUGGAAUUAUUUUGCAUAAAAAAUUGUUAAGUAAAAAACUGAUUAUCACAGUAUGGUGUAAUUUUAUGAAAUCAUGCAGUAAUAAAUAAACUUCUUAAGGAC